CAGGAAUUAGUCACCUCCUCCAGGUUGUCCGUCAGCUUGACAAGGUGGAAAAACUGAGAAAGUUUUAAGACAGCGACAUUUUCGAUGACCAUUUGGUGAUGAUGCCCUCAGUGUCCAGGCAUGUUUCCAUUUGCCCUUUAGAAACACAGCGGCAGAAAUGAGUAAAGAGUAUGCACGGAUCGAAAUGGACCUGGCUUUUGGAUCAGCCAAGCCCUAUGGGUCCUCUAGAAGCAUUGUUAGGAGAAUAGCAUCCACUCUACCUCUGAAGCCCUGCCCCAGGGUCCAUUUUCAGCUCUAUCCAUAUAGUGAGGAUGCUGGCAUCCUGAUUGGUGCCAGGAGGCAGAACGGUUUGGUAGCCUCUCUGGCUGACAUUGGAUGGAUUGAUAAGGAUGAAGAGGAGGAUGACGAUGACUACUUUGGCAGACCCAGGUCAGGAGUGCCAGCAGGACUUGUGUUCCGAGCUCACCAACCUCAGAGAAAACCCUUAACCCGCCAGAGGUCACUGCCAAGUCUGAAUCAGGGGGCUCCAGACCCCCAGGGGCCAACAAUUGCCAAUGAUGAGGCUAUUCAAAAGAUUAGUGCACUGGAGACAGAACUUGCCAAACUCAGAGCUCAGAUUGCACAAAUUGUCUUGGCUCAGGAGAAAAAUGCAGAGCCAGCUGCUAUCACGGGUGCACCUCCCCCUCCACCACCACCCUGUGGUACACUACUUCCCCCACCACCACCACCACCACCACCCCCUCUUCCUCCACCACCCCUGAGCCUCCAGCGUACAUUUUCAGCGAUUGACUUAAUAAAGGAGCGCAGAGGGAAGAAGACAGACAGUCAAACAAUUCUGGAUUCCAAACCACCAGAAGUCCCCAGCAUGCUUGAUGUCCUCAAAGACAUGAACAAAGUCAAACUGCGCUCUGUUAAAAGUCGUGCAGGGGAAGGUGAUGCUAAAACAAAAGCCAGCGAGCCUGCAGAUGCAGCAGCUCUUAUUGCUGAGGCCCUCAAACGCAAGUUUGCCCAUCGGUAUCGGCACAGCAGUGGACAAGAAGAAAAUGAUGACUUUAGACUUGAUGUUCCAGAAGUGAAACCUAAAACGGACACCCCUUUGUUUGGGCAGCACAUGUUGAAGCCAACUGGAAAACGAAAGCUGCUGUGAACAGGCGACUGAAGUGGAGGUCCAGAUGUGCUGUGGACACUUUUAAGUGCCUUUUCAACCUUUUAUGUCAGUUGUUUCUGUGGAAGGACGAGGGAUUCUGCCUGAUGUGGACAACAGGCUGCUUCCAGUAUCAGUCAUCUCAUAGUGUUGCAUUUGAUGAUCAUCUGACCAUGUUUUUGCACUUUCAUAACUUAUAUUAACUUUCUGUUUUACAAACAGGAUUAUUUUUGUUCAGCUGAGUGUUUUUUCUGUUUAGGAGAAUAAUUUCUGUCAAUCACCAUGAAAGUGACUAAGGUGAAUACACAUUCCAGUAACACUACAGAAGACUUCAGUGUUUUUAGUUCGAUCAUUCAGUCAUCACAGUGUUUGUCUGGUGUUAAACCUGUUGCACAUAGGAUAGUUUUAACUGUUUUACCUUUUAUGGAGGAAAUAAAGCUCAAAGGUUCCUCUGACAGAAGAAAAGGAACAUGUUCAUGCCCUGAGGAUAUUUUCCUCUGCUGUGUGAAUGAUGACUUGGAGUCUAAUUUAUGAUUGUUAUAUUAUUUAUGUUGUGGUGUAAGUAGAUAAUCAUGUUCUUACCACAGGUAAUAAUGUCUAAGAUUUAUUUGCCAUUGAUCUGUAUUAAUUCUAGUUUUAGUGUGAGGUCUGAGAACUUGUCGCUAGUCUUGCCAGGACUCCCAGCUUUUGUCAGUUAACACCUAUUUAUGUCCUUACUGUAAUCCUUUAAGAGCCAAAGACAUUCCAGUGAUGCUCUGCGAGAUUCUGCCUUUUACUGCCAAAUGUGACAUCUUGUGCCUGUCAGUUUUUUUAUUUCACUGGGAGAAUAAUUCUUAACUAGCGAGGAAAACUGACUUUUUUACCAUGACACUACAGAUGCAUGAUGUCUUGUUACUUAAUUACCUUUUUGAGAGAAGAAAACACUUAAAGCUUUCCGUUUUUACUCAAUGUGCAUUAUGAUUAAUUUGUAUUGGGAACAUAAUUUAUUUUUGUAAACAACCCCGUUAAUAUUCCAAAGGUACAUUCAAAUUUUUUCAUUGUUUUAAAAACAGUAUCACAUUCUGCUGCAUUAAUUUGGAAUUCUUAGAUUCAGGUUGUAUUUUAUCCAGUGGUUGAUUGCAAAGACACCUUCACUAUUUAUGCCAGUUAGUUGCUGCUCUAAGUCGCCUCAAUAUAACCUUUAAACAAGGGAAUGUGGUUUAAACUUAUUCAACAUUUUGUAGAAAUAAAAAUUGUAUGUGUGCGGUUGUAUUGACUGUUAAAUCUAUAAAUAAAAGUUUGUAGUUGUCCUAA